UAUCAUCGGACGUCUUCAAUAAAAAUAACAAGUUCUACUAAACUAAUACGACUUCCGCGAACCCAUCAUAUUAGUUGCUUAAACCGAAUGGUUUGGGUAUGAAUCUGACUUCCUGAUUCGCCAUCUUUCACUAAAAGGUAACGUCUUCAGCGUAGCCAAUGAAGAGACAGCGUACGUCCACUCCUCGAGCCUUAUAAACAGCUGAGCUCGGUAACUGAGCCGACAGAAGCCGAAUUCUCGGUAUGUUUUACGUAAGCCAACCCCGUCCCGGGGGAACGUGAACGAGCACGGGCGCGGUGGGUGUUGUCGGUAGGAUAUAGUCCGGCUGCGUCCGGACGGCUUAUUUGUCCCGGCAUGGCGACUAACUUGAAGAAGGGCGGCCUGAUCGGGCUGGUGAAGGACGCUUUCCAACCUCAUCACCUGCACCCCCACCACCACCAACCUGGUGCAGUGGACAAGAAAACGGUUGAGAAGUGUUGGAAGCUAAUGGACAAGGUAGUACGUUCAUGCCAAAACCCCAAGCUGGGCCUGAAGAACAGCCCUCCUUACAUACUUGACCUGCUUCCUGAUACGUUCCAGCACCUUCGCAGCAUUCUUGCUCGCUAUGAUGGAAAAAUGGAAAUAUUAGGGGAGAAUGAGUAUUUUAGAGUCUUCAUGGAGAAUCUGAUCAAGAAAACAAAACAGACCAUCAGCUUGUUCAAGGAGGGGAAAGAGAGGAUGUAUGAAGAAAACUCCCAACCCAGGCGCAACCUAACAAAGUUAUCAUUGAUAUUUAGCCACAUGCUGGCUGAAUUGAAAGCCAUCUUUCCAAAUGGACAGUUUCAGGGAGAUACAUUUCGGAUCACCAAAGCAGAUGCAGCAGAUUUCUGGAAAAAGGCAUUUGGGGAAAAAACUAUUGUUCCAUGGAAAGUGUUCCGGCAAGCUUUGCAUGAAGUCCAUCCUAUUAGCUCAGGACUGGAAGCCAUGGCAUUGAAAUCCACCAUUGACCUCACGUGCAAUGACUACAUUUCAGUGUUUGAGUUUGAUAUUUUCACUCGACUUUUUCAGCCUUGGUCAUCACUGUUACGAAACUGGAACAGUCUUGCAGUUACUCAUCCUGGCUAUAUGGCAUUCCUGACAUAUGAUGAGGUUAAAGCCAGGCUUUACAAAUUUAUUCACAAACCAGGCAGCUACAUUUUCCGACUGAGCUGUACACGACUGGGACAGUGGGCCAUUGGCUAUGUCACUGCAGAUGGGAAUAUUCUGCAGACUAUUCCACACAACAAACCUCUCUUCCAGGCACUGAUCGAUGGUUUCAGGGAAGGAUUCUAUCUGUUCCCCGAUGGACGCAAUCAGAACCCAGAUCUGACUGGCUUGUGUGAACCAACACCACAGGACCAUAUCAAAGUCACACAGGAGCAGUAUGAGCUAUAUUGUGAAAUGGGUUCCACAUUCCAGCUGUGCAAGAUCUGUGCUGAAAAUGACAAGGAUGUCAAGAUUGAACCCUGCGGUCAUCUAAUUUGUACUUCCUGUCUCUCUGCUUGGCAGGAGUCUGAAGGUCAAGGCUGUCCAUUCUGUCGCUGUGAAAUCAAAGGCACGGAGCCUAUAGUUGUGGAUCCCUUUGACCCAAGAGAUGGUGGUGGAGGACGAAUGGGUGGUGAUGGUGCUCCGUCCCCAAAUUAUGACGACGACGACGAUGAUCGAGCAGAUGAUUCAUUGUUUAUGAUGAACAGACUAUCAAAUGUCAAGGUUGAACGUCCUCCAUCGCCGAUCAUGGUUGGCCCUCAGCCCCCUCUCCCACCUGUGCCUCCACGAUUAGACCUCAUACAGCAGCGCUCAUCUAGUCCUGGUAGCACAUCAAAGGCAUCUUCCGGUGGUCCACAUAAGGAUAAACCUUUACCUGUACCUCCUACUCACAGAGAUCUUCCACCUCCCCCACCACCAGACCGACCACAUGUCAUUGGGACUGAAGUUAGACCUCCAAGACGUCCACUGCCAGUUGCACCCGGUGACAUUCCUACCAGAGAUAGACCUCCUCCAGCACCCCCAAACCGCACCCAGGAGGCAUGGCAGCAGCGGCCUAGUGCUAAAGCACAGACCCUGUGUCCUGGAGAUGCAUGGGCAGGUCGAGAGCUAACAAACCGCCACUCCCUUCCUUUGUCAUUGCCAUCCCAGAUGGAUUCCAGACCUGAGGUACACAAGCACAGCAGUACAACAAGUCUGGACAACACCAUCACAACCUUUAGCAGUGGUGCCUCAGGGAUCAGUGAAUGUGACAACACCAGAGUGAAGCCUUCUUCCUCUUCUAGUGCAAUCUACUCUCUUGCUGCCAGACCACUACCUGUGCCGAAACCACCUCAAGAAGAGGAACCCUCAGAUGAUGAUGAUGAUACAGAAUAUCUGACUCCAUCCUCACUGCCUGUAAUGACAGAAGUCAGGGAAAGGGUGCUAGAACCAUCUCUCUCAAAUGCACGGAUGCCUAUGGCUGAACAGCUAGAGCGUCCCAUGUAUGAAGCUAUGUAUGAUAUGCACUCACAGACCCUCCCCUCUGUUUUACAGCCUCCCAGAAUUCCUGAUGAAGAAGACUUGGGUGCUGCAGCAGCUGCAAUGAGCAAUGGUCCUUCAGCAAUGGACAACAGUGAUGAAGAGGAGCAGUACGAUAUUCCAAAACCUCCGGUGCCAGUGACGCCAGCACGGCGAACUCUUUCUGACAUCUCCUGUGCAGCUUCAGUAUUUGGCAGAAUAUCUUUGGAUGAUGAGUUAUCAUAUUCUCUAACAGAUUCUGCACAAGUUCCAGAAAGGCCUCCAAAACCUUUACCUCGACGGAUAAACUCUGAGCGGAAGCCAGGAAGUGGGCCACAAGGUGGCCCUGGCACACUUCAGCAGUUUGCAGCCGAAAUAGAUAAUCUGCUUAGUCAGGGUUAUUCACACCAAGACAUUCAGAAAGCCUUGCUUAUUGCACACAAUAAUAUUGAAAUGGCCAAGAAUAUUUUGAAGGAAUUUGUUGCGGUUCCCUCUAUGGGUCAUAUUGCCACAUAGUACCUCUUUUUUUUUUCCAGCCGGCCAACCAAACAAGAAAACGCCUCCAUGGACUAACAGGUUUGGCUGUCCCCAGCAUAGCCAUGAGCCCAAAGAGGGGCAUUUGCCAGCUUUGAAUGUAAAGCCGCUUUGCGUCUUUCUGACCCGCCUUGUGCACUUCAGGAUUCUGGGCUUAAGCCUUUACUUGUUUCAGCAAGAAGAAGGGGAUAGUAAACCUAGAUGUGGAAUGAAAAAAAAAAUACUCUCUCAUACCACCGGGGUUGGCAGAGUUUCUUCAAGUUUUUGCUUGUGUUGGUAUGUGCUUUUGCUUAGAUGCCUGAAAAGUGUUUGGGUUGUACAUUUGGUGCACAGAAGAAGGGAUACAAUACAGUCAUUCAGAAGAAGCAGCAUUAUGUGCUGAGCAGUCUGCAUCAUUGUUGCAAUUUUUGCAGACACUUGAUUGGUCUGCCAAGUGGAUUUCUGCAGUAGCAGUGGGUUGUACUGUGCUCUGUGUAGCACAUAAAUUUUGAAGCUUGCCUUGACUUUGGAAGCAGCAUUUACAGUGUUGCUGCCAGUGUGUUACUAAUUGUGUUUCAAUUUAGGUUGUCUUGUAUGGCUUCCAGUAGGCCAACAUGGAAAAACCAAACUGCUGAUCAGACCAGUUUCAAAGGCAAGGAUGCAGAGUACCUCCAUGAUGUUUUGUAGCUCAGAUGGGAAGUUACCAGCCAGGUGUGAUGGUUGUACAUCAGCAACACUCUCUGGCAGGAUGCGGCCACAGCCAUAUUUGUAAUCACUGUGUGGCUGUUUUUUCUGUUCUGUCUGUACAACCAAAGUUAGAAAGCAGGGGAAGGGGUAUAGUCAUGGACAAGGGCUUUGAGGAUGAAAAAGUCUGAAUUUCUAGCAGUGUCAGAACAUUUUUGAUGUAACUGUUUUAUGUAAUAAGUCAGCACUCCUCAUAUUUUGUGGGGUCAGGGGUUGUUAACCACAUUUUCAUGCAAAAACUUGAAUUAAAUGAGACACUGAAACAUUUCCCAGUACAGGGAUCAUAGUACAGUGCAUUGUCUAAGAUCGUUUCUAAGUAGGUAGUCUGUGGGAUAAAUCUUGGAGCCUCAUUUCCAUCUGGUGCCAAACAUUAUUGCACUGGCUUGUGCUUCAGUAGCCACACAUGCAGCGAGUAGAUUUUUCUGGGUUUUCUGUUGUGCAGAAGUUUGAAUUGUAGAGGAAAUUUUUACUUAUUUUAAAUUAAUCCCUUUCAUGAUUUCUUUGAAAAUGUGUCUUUUGUUAGACUGCCUUGACAUGUCCACAGAAACUUAAGUUUUUGGAAUGGGAUUGGCAAAAUAUAGGUUUUUGUGUGCACUGUUUUGCUGUGCAGUGUAGUUUGUACAUUGAUCUUGAGUUAUUGUAUUUUAACAUGCAGGCCUAUUCAGUAAAAAAAGAAAGAAAGAUGCACACACAAAUAGCUUUUGAAAUAUUCAGACAUCCUGUUAAAUGUAGUUAACAUCUUUAGGCCUUGAAAAGUGUUAUAACCUGAUCAAGAAAGUUGUCGUGCUCUGUAGUUUUAGAAUAAGCACUCCAUGUGUUCCUUAAAAGUGUGAGCUGGACCUGAGCUUGAAUAGCUAAGUACAGUGAUUGCACUAUGAAGGAAUCCCUCGUGAGUGGGAAUGUUACUGUGGGAGUUAUAUUGGGAUCAUAUUGCACACUUAUGCUGUACACUGUUGAAGAACAGUGUGACUUUGUUCAGCUGCUGCUUCAGAGUUACUGUUAAGUGCUUUCAGACUGCUAUGAUAUGUCGAGCAGAACUCUGCAACAUUAUUGUAGCACAAUUUUUUGCUUCUGUAUUUGGUAGAAUAUUCAUUUGGUGUGUUUAAUUUUAGUUUUUUUAACACAUGACAUCCUUGUUCACAGUGGGGGGGGUGUAGUAGUCAUAUGGAUUGUUGCUUUUGGGUUACUUCUAGCAUCUCUGGAGAUGCUCGUCACAUUUUGAGAACAAUUCUGUCAUUGAAAGUACGGAGGCUUGCAUUAUCCUUUUCUUUAUUAUGCAGGAGCAUUUCACUUUACUUGGCGGGAAUUUCUUUCAGAAGGGAAACUCUUUCCCCUUUCUAGUCCUGAUACUGUUUUCCAGCUUCUUCUGGUUGCACUUUUUUCACAUUAGAGGGUAGGUUUUGCAUUUUAGGAGUUCACAAUGGUCAUUUACCACAGUACAAAGCAUUUUCAUUGGGUGAUACUGUAUCAACUGGCAGUAAUGUUUUGAGUAAGAUUUUUCUUUUUAGGAGUCCCACAUCCUUAAGUACCUAUUGGGAGAGGGUCUUGUCAAAGAAUUUCUAGUAACAUUUCUAUACAAUUCAGAAUCUGUAGGCUUCUGCCAUCCUUGCUGAUUAGAAACGUGUGCACCCUUCCCAGUUUUUUCAGUUCCUCUGAAAUGCUUGCUGCAAAGCAGCACUGGUUAAAAUGAUGCAUUCAAGGGGUACCCAAGAGGCAGACAUGUACAGACAGUAGUAGUUCUUGACACUUCAGUGGUACAUGGGAUGGAAGUGCCUUUCUGCAAGUGUAGGGACACAGCUGAGUAGUGCAGGACAGCGGGCUGAUCCAUUUGCGUCACUCAGCACAGUCUGUGAAGAAUCAGUAUUUAUAAUUUGGCAAAUCUCAUUACAUGUAUGUGUAAAUUGUUUUGAAAAAAAAGAUUUUUGUGCACAUUCAAGUCAGUCUUGAGUGCAUUUUAUGUUUCUGCAAUAAUGUGUUUUAUCUUGUUUUUAAUGUAUGGCUUAUUUAUGUAUACCAGCCAGCAGCAAAUAAAUGUUUAGUUAUAUUAUUUUCCCUUGACAAUGUGGCGCCCCUGUACAUAGUAGCCUUGCCCUGUGUAUUUAUUUAGAUCUAACUUAGAAUCAGAAAGACCUUCCAUUGUGUUUCUGUUGAACAGGUACCUCAUCAUCACACCUAACAUGCACUGUUUCUCCAGUGUUCUGUAGGAGUGUCUUAAUUCUUUUUUUGAUGCUUUUCUGCAUCUCUAGUAAACUGUACACCGCCUCAGGAAGUCCUCAGAAUUGAGACAUUCUGCAAGAAGGUGUUUUUUUUUUUUUUUUUUUUUUUGCUAGGAUCAGAUAUUGCAGAGAACUUAACUUGUGUGAAUUACAAAUACUGCACGUUUAGUGCUUUUGUACUUAAAAAAAGUGAUACUGUACCUGCCUAUGAGGUGAAGAAUGCUUGUUGGCAUGUCUAGUUAUUAGUUGUAAAUUUCUCAUCUGUUGCAGGAUGAGGUCAUACGGUUUUAAUUCUGUAUACUAUUUAUAAAACAUAGUCUCUGUGUAGCUUGUAUCCCUACAGCUAAUGCACAACAAACCACUGUGCCCAGUUUUUCUGCAGUCUGCAUUAAUUCCAGCUCAAUACAGAGCUCUGCUGCAUAGUGGGAAGAUUUUAUUGUCCCCCAAACUUUGACCUUUUGAAUAAAAGUUAGAAAAUGUG